AUCAGUUUUGGUCUUCCUGUUCUGGGGAAGAUUGGUUUGUGGCUCCUGCACUUCUGUGUGCUUAUUUCUUUGUCCUCAUCUUCAAAGAUCAGUUGGUUGGUGAGUACAUUCAACUGCACUUCUGUGCUUUUUCUUUGUCAGCCAUUCUUGUUUUCUUUGCUCCACAGUGACUGAUCUGAUAGGCCUCCAGAUACCAAAGACACUGUUGUCAGAAUGGUCAGUGGAUGUGUGUAGGUGAAGUGACUGUAAUUCUGAAAGUUUUCUGUUGGAAAGUCAGAAAAAAUGUUUUGGAGGUUGUGGAGAUAAUGAGGGAUGGGUUCUAAAUACACAUGUAAAAGAAAACUAAUAGGAUAUUGUUGAUGGAACUUUGGAAGCAUUUGCAGGAAUUCUGUUAGGCCCUCUGAUUUGGCUUUCCAGAAAGGUAUGUUGACUGUUGCAAUGAGAGCAUCAUGAAUUCUGUUUGCAGCUUAUUGUUUGUUAAUACAUCCCCACUGUACCAAGAUGUGUUUGCUGCCGUAAAUCUAACAGAAACUUCUAGUACAGACAUAAUUUUAAUAUGCUGAUUGAAAAUCCCUGAUGGUUUCAGAAAGUUGUUACACUUCCACUGAGAUUGUAGUACGGUACUGUACAAUUACUUUAUAGUAAUCAUUAACGUCUUUUAUUGGUACUCUUCUAGUUUUUGUCUGCUCUCUGUUCUUUUGCAGCGUUCUUCCCCUUCAUCCAUCUGUAGUUGGAUGCAGUAUCUUGUUGGUUGUGUUUGGCGUUUCUUUUUUAUCUGUCUUGAUAAAUCACUUUUUGUUUAUACAGUUAAUAAUGAUAAUUAAUCACAAAGCCAGACUUGCUUUGGAAUUCACCCUGUCGUGUUGAUCAUAAUUUGUCAGUCAGAAACAGAGAAGUAUUAUCACAGUAUGUAAUACGUUGAGUAGAAUUACUAUUUAUCAGUGUUACUUCCUUCAUAUAUUAGCUUGAGACCUAUGUAGAUAGGUCUCUUGGGUAUUGCUGAGGAAUUACUGCUUCAACAUUUGGCACUCUAUCUUUCAAAUAUACAACCAAAAGGUGAUUGAAUCAGACUGUGUGUUAAUAAUACUAUAUUGAGGGCAUUUUUCCUGGCUUCAUCCUGGAAAGCAGUGCAAUUUGGCUCCAGCCCUUCCCUCCCCCCCCCCCCCCCCCCCCCCCCCAUCAACGCUGUUUAUCUUUUUAGCUAAAGCUGCUUACUAGUAAUUACCAGAAGCACCUGAUAGUUGCCUGCUCCUUUCUUACACUCUUAUACUCAACUUCGUCUGCUCUGUCCUUUUUUCAAAGCCAGGAGGGCUCCUUGAAGAUGUCUGGCUCAUUUUACUUCAACCUGUCUGGGUAUUUGCUGUUUAACUGCUGAGGUUUUUCUACUGCUUGUUCUCCUGAAUCCUUAAACUAUCAAGUUGUCAGAAGUAGCUGCUAUGGAAUCAAGACCAGCUAAACCAAGAAGAUGUGUUCAAGAUGAUCCAGCCAGAAGACUUCUUACUUUAUAGAAAUUCUGAUCUCAUUUAAUAUGUAAUAUCAUUCGACUAACUUAAGUUCAGUUAUUUUUCUUGAAAUUAAGACACCCGUGGCCUUCAUCAGAAAUGUUUCUAACAUUUUCAAGGAAAAACAUGUCCCAGAAACUAAGCAUGUUUUUACUAGUUUUUGGAAUCAUUUGGGGUUUGAUGUUGCUACGCUACACUUUUCAGUAUCCAAGACGUCAAAGCAGUGCUGAGCUGCGUGGUCAGAUAUUAGACCUAAGUAAAAGAUAUGUCAAAGCACUGGCAGAAGAAAAUAAGAAUUUAAUGAAUGGUGGCAGUGGAGCCUCUGUAGCAGGAUAUGCUGAUCUUAAGAGAACAAUUGCUGUUCUUCUGGAUGACAUCUUACAACGUCUUGUGAAAUUGGAAAACAAAGUGGAUUACAUCAUUGUGAAUGGUUCAGCAACAAAUACCACUAAUGGAACUAGCAACCAAGUGUCAGUAAAUUCAAGUAAACGUGCAAAAGCAGCAGGCAACAUCAGAUAGCAAAGCAGGCUAUGUUGUGUUGCUACGUGUAUGAUAGGUCAUAAUUAAGACAGGCUUUUUAUCUCUGGCUAGGGCAAAGCAAUAGCUGACUCUAAAUGAAGCAUACGCUAUUCUGUUGAAGAAUGUGCUGGAUAUAUAUACGUAUAGGCCUAACUUAUGUGCAUAAGGUUCUUAAAGCACUAUUUCAUUGCCUUUGAGCAGUGCUUCUAAAGUGAUCUUUGUUGUCAUCAUUUGAUGUAGUAUGCCCUUGGAUAAUAACAGUAAAUGGACAGCAAUGAGGAAUUUAGAGGUAGGUUUAUAAAUGUAUUUAUUUAAGUAUAAAUAUAGCAUAUCUUUUGGAUAGGUGAGCAGCAUUGUAGCUUAUUCAUUUUUGUGAUCUGCAUUAAACAGGUAACUGAGGAGAACAUUGUUAAACAGAUGUUAGAAAAUGUGUAUACUUAACAGUAUUUUGUUACUCAUUUACUAAAAUAUUAAAUCGAGGAUAGCGCUUUGGGGGGAUAAUGUUUUAGAAUUGUGACCCAAAGAAUGUCUUUAUUUGCACUAUCAGAAUAGCUAGAGAGAAUUUACUGUAUAUUUAAGAAAAUCGAUUAUAAUAGGAAAGCAUCCUAGGUAGUUACACUGUUCAGGUGUAUCCUUGUGUCAAAAUUAGGGCAGUUAGAUUACCAAAAGCAAACAGAAUCUGUGAGAUCUUACGAUUAUUUCUUACUAAGAUAUUUAAGUGUAUGUAUUUUGUAACUGCAGAUGAAACUAUUUAAGUGAUGGAAAUAAGUUUUAGAUAUGUGAAUACUGUUUAUUUUUACUCACUGCUGUUUCUUUUUAACUCUUGAGUAACUUGCAGUUUGUGAUGAGAAUAGCACACCAUCUCCCUGAAAUGCUUCCUUGAUCAGGAGGGAGAGCAACGAAGGGAGACGAGGCAUCUCUGCCUUUAACAGAGAUAUGUACUAAAGGUGUCUUAUCAUGGAAUAUUUCAGAGCUAAGGUAAUAUUUGCCUUAUGUCUAAGUUAGCCUUAUAGCAAAGUGAAUUGCAGUGUGGAUGCACUGUAUUUCAAAAUGUUACUGAAGUCACAUUCAAGUGCCACUGAGCCUGUUUUUUUAAAGUGUAGUGAAUGGUGAAUGUUUUGCAGGGAGGGGAAGGGUAUGUUCAGGGACUUCUGCCAAAAAUGUGCUAUUUAUUUAUCUUCUAAUGUGAGUGGGUCUUUUCUUUGCUUUUUUUUUUUUUAAGUGGUGGUCAAAUUUUAAUUAAGGAAAAACAUGCAGUAGAAAUGGAGGUGCUGGAUGAUAUACCAUCCAAAGUCACGUGUCUUUUGUUUUUUCCCUGCUGUUACUCUGGAUUUGUAUGAUGGAAAACAUAGUUAGAACCAUAGCAGACAGAUAACAUUUUUUUUUCCCGUCAAAUUAUGUGUAAAGUUGUACUUCCUUGCAGAAAGAGGAAAAUAAAUUUUUAAUUGUACUUACAAA